CCGGACUCUCGGGUUGGUUCUCUUCCCUUGCUUUUGCAAAUCUUUUGUUUAAACUGCAGAGGACCCUGGAUCCCCAUGAGGGUGUUUCCAGCUUCCCUCUUGCCGAUCGACUCCAGCAAUCCGGGGUGGUGAUCUGCCUACAGGCAGAUUGGCGGGAGAUCUGCAAUCGAGAAUGUCUAAGCCAUCAGGGGCCGCGUCGACUACGAUCGAUCCCGCUCGGGCAGCCGAGAGCAACACAGCCACGAUCAUCGCAGUCGUGACCAUUUUCCAUGCCAUCGCGAUCAUCUUCGUGUCGCUGCGCGUCUAUGCAAGGGCCAUCGUCAUCAAGUCGUUCGGCUUUGAUGAUAUCUCGAUUCUGUUGGCUGCACUAUGUGCGUUAGGCGGUUGGAUUGUGUUCAUCAUCCAGUCGCGAUACGGGUUGGGCAAGCACCAGGACACGAUUUCGAGGGAAGACAUGGUCACCUUCCAACAUGCCGCCUUCUGGCAGUCCAUCAUCUCGGCCACCUGGGCCCUCGGUUUCCUGAAGAUAUCGAUCGGCUUCAAUCUCCUGAGACUCAGUUCCAGCAGAUGGUUUAGGGUUAGCCUUUGGGCAACGAUAGUCUUCGUCUGCUGUUACACAUUCAUGGGCAUGAUGACGUUUCUGCUUUACUGCAAUCCCAUGGAAGGCUUCUGGAACAAGACCGCUGGGGCCAAGUGCUAUCCGCUGCCGUUGUUCGUCACGUUUGCCUUGAUCAACACUUCCUUUAACAUCUUUACCGACGUUCUCUUCGCGACCUUCCCUGUCCCUAUCAUUUGGACACUGAAGAUGAAGCGGAAACUACGCAUUUACUUGAUCGGCAUUUUGAGCUUAGGAUACUUCGCUGUGGUAAUGGGCAUUGUGAAGGCCGUCUAUCAGAUCGCGUAUGCGAAGGAAGCCGACAAGACCUUCCGCCAAAGCGUUCAGUUCUGGGGAUUCCUCCAACUAAACAUCGGCAUGAUCGCGGCUUGUGCAACUUCCCUCAAGCCUUUGUUCAAGCGAAUCCUCAAGCUCGGCUCAAGCUACCCCUAUAACACGCCGGCAUACGGUUCUCGAUACGGUUAUGGCACGCGCUCUCGAGUUACAGGACUUAGGAAAGGGACGGAGACGGGCAAGGGACAACAGGGCGGGAACUUUCAGGGCACGGUCAACGAAUAUGAGUUGGAGAACGGGAUACGUAGCGACGGGAACAUGUCUAAUGGAAAGGGCGAAACAUUCAGCACGGCGACGAGCUUCUACAAACAUGGAUCGGCAGAUGGGUCCGGGAGUGAGGAGAGGAUCCUCGGUGCGGCCGGCGUGAUGCCGCAGCCGCCGCCGCAUGCGAUAACAACUGACGAGGCGGCGCACGGCAUUGUCAUGACCACGGAAGUGAGGGUUACUGUGAAGUAGCACCGCGGCAGGCAGUCCUGAAUGGAUAACGAUGAAGAUCACGUAUUGUACAAGUAAACCAGCAGAUUACCUUAGUUUGGUCUGCGGCUGAAAUUGAUGUUGACCUAA